CGUAGUCCUUGUUGGCUGGUGGGUGAGGUCCGCGCCCUCACCCACCAUCGGCCCUGCCAUUGAGUCAGUCGCUUGCCUGAGCUCGUCGAGGUGGGAGUGCCUCCGCUCUCUCUCCCUUCCUCACUGGCUGCCUCACCCUCACACAAACACACUCUCUCUUACCUUGUUCCGCUUCCGUUGUUUCAUGUCACGCCUCGAAUUGGCCGGAAGUGUAUUUGUGUGAGGCAGGGCGAGUGUGGCGGGCCCGCUGUCCCUCUCGAAUACCUCAAAACUGUCACCAUGAUGAGAGUCUUGUUAUGUGGGCGGGUGGUGUGGUGUGGUGUGUGUGGCGACCCCCGUGUGCUAUAGGCCCUCACUCAGGCCCUGUCCCAAGAUUCCUCCCGAGUGUGUGUUAUAUAAGAUAGUGUGAUACUGUCCACCCAUCUCCACCUCUCCCCUGCCUGGCCCACCACCGCAUCAGGCAGACGCACCCGCCUAGCCUACCUCUCCAGCCCUAUGUGUGAUGCACCGUGUUACCUCUGAACGUAGAGCUAAAUUCAUAGUGUGUACUGCUCCCCCUGGAUACCCUUACACCACCACUACCACCACCACCACUACCACCACUACCACUACCAAUACCACCACCACCAUAAUUUUUGGCUUGCUAGUCUAUUUUUGAGGAAGUGUUGAUGUGUGACUCCGCGUAGCUUUGUUAGAGUAAGUGGCACCCUUGCUGGCCAGUGAGUGCCGUAGUGCUUGUGCCGCCAACACCCCAGACGUAGUUAGUAGGCCGAGGACGUCCGCCCACUAAGGAAGAUGAGCCGUGGAUUCCAGCUGAGUUCCUAGCAUCACCCAUCCCUUUCCCUCUCCCUUCUCCCCUCUCCCAUCUUCCCACUCCUCCCCACUCUCCCCCACUCUCUCAGACAGACUCUCACCCCGCCCACUCCGCCCACUCCCUCCCUCAGUCCCGAAAGAAAACUUCAGCCGUAAAACUGCCUCCAAAAACAAGUGAGAAUGAUAGGAGCCAUGCCCGCCGUGGCCGUGCGCCAGCAACGGAAGCACGUGAAGCACGAGGACCACUCGAAGCACCGCCCCACCACGCUCACCAUUGAUGCCACCACCCCGUACACAGCCAAGGCCAGGCCGCCGGGCACCAACAAGGUGAAACCCCCCGGGGCGAGGAGGGGCCUCCCCACACCCUUGAGGAGUCCCCGUGGCUCCCCGAAAGCUUCCCCCGCGGCCAGCCCCGCUGCCUCCCCCAAGCCGUCGCCAGUGACGUCCCCGAGGGCACAACCCAAGCAUGUGGCCUCAACAGGGUGCGCGUACAGGUGUGUGCACGGCUACCUGUGCGGGCGUGUGUCACUGCUGCACGUGUCGGUGGUGUGUGUGCUGCUGGGCAUCACCCUGCUAGUGGUGGGCCUCGUUCAGCUGGCGCCGGGAGCAGCAGUGGUGGUGGUGGGGUCUGACCGCAGUGGGUUCCCGGCAGGCUCGGCGGUCAACAAGUACGCCAUUAUCGGAGCGGGGACGGGCUUCCUCGGGCUGGGCUUCCUGCUGCUCAUCAUCCUCUGUGCCUGUCAGAAGAAUACCCACCGCCGCCGCCGUCCGCCUCCUCACCUCGUUCAGCCGAGGGGAAGGGGCCGAAAGAAGGGCAAAAGAAGGACAGAUAACGUGUACGCCAUGGACUGCGUGAGGUCACUCAGCUUAGCGGCCCAGGCCCAGCAGGCUCAGAAGAACAGGAGCGGGAGUGGCAGGAGUGGGAAGGGUCAGCAGUCUAAGGGACACACCAGGCAAAUGCAGGUACAGACAGUAGAGCACGGGAUGGUGGCAGGAGGGGGAGAAGGUGGUGGAGGUAGUGGUGGAGGCGGUGGAGGAGGGGGAGGAGGAGGAGGUGGAGACCAUCAGCAACAAGACCAAGAUACCCAACAAGCUGGGGGCAUCAUCGACAAGGAAUUAGCCUUGGAGGGAUUUAUCAAGAGUCCGUCAGAGAGCGACGCGCUGCUGCAGUCCUGCUCCUCGCAUCACUAGGAAGUCAAGAGUAACGUGAUAGCUUCGUGCGACAUCCUAGGCUCUUCUUGGCUGGGCCCUGGACGCCUGGCUCCUGCGCCAUGCCGUUAUUGUUGAGGUUCGGGCAAAGAAGAGGACGGCAUCACCGAGGAGCCGCGCCGAGGAGCUGAGGGACGAGCAGCUUACCUGGGGACUAACUCAGCUUGGAGUUCAAUUUCAUCAUUGCCAGACGUUACCUGAUCCAUAGAUUAUUAUAGACUGGUGAACAGGACACAGUAGUUGAUGUGAUUCAAGAACGAGAACACUAUGGAUUAUUUUGAAUUAAGUCAACAUAAAUUAGUUGAUUAUAUGAAAUAGCUCUAUAAUGGGCUGACUAAAAUCAAUAUAAAUCAUCUCCUGUUUGGUGAAAAAAUUUCGUCAGUUAAUCAACGAGCAAAACAAAUUAUAUCAUAAGUCAACUCCCAGCUUUGUACGAUCUUUUCCCUUGGUGUGCCGUUGGUUGGCAGGUAGCGAAAAUUCCACAUAUUCUUACUUAUACUGCAUGAUUCUGAAUUAUCUAAACGUUUGUACUACAACCUAAUAUACCAGAAACAGCCAUAUAUAUAUAUAUAUAUAUAUAUAUAUAUAUAUAUAUAUAUAUAUAUAUAUAUAUAUAUAUAUAUAUAUAUAUAUAUAUAUAUAUAUAUAUAUAUAUAUAUAUAUAUAUACAUAUAUACACACACAAGUACAUUCUAUACUGAUGUAAGACAAGCUCGUGUGUGUGUAAACCUGUGGGUUGCUGGCCAUGGUGAAGGACCGAGUGUGUUGCAGUGACGUGCGAUGCUUGUGUUGCUGACACAUGGAGCUGUCGAUGGACUGUACAUGUGGAAACAAGUAGCCGGAAAAGGCAUUCACGAGUGAAAAUUUAAGUAUUUGUCCCAUACUGCACUGGACGCGAUAAGCUUAUGACGUGAAUCUCCAAAUUAUUCAGUAAUAGCGGCUAAGAGUUUAGAGGCUCAUUUCUUUUUCUUUUUUCAAAGAUAUCUCUUUAAGCAUUUCAGCAUACAAAUAUUUCUAUUUGAUAUUUACUGCGGCGCUCCGAAUUGCGUCUUGCUGGUGUAAAGCGGCGAUGGCGGUGGCUUCUUUGAUUGUAUACAGUCAGUGGCGUGUAGCAGUCCACCGCUGGUUGUCGCGUUGGUAUGGUGGGUGGGCGGGUUGUUACUUGCAUCCCUUCCCACCUCCUCUCAUGAAUAUGUUGGCCGAGACGCCACACAGCCUUCCUGCGAAGGAGUGCUGUAUUACGUAAACUAAGUAGAACUCAAGCCCCGCCUACCGUGCACUAGCCCAGCACGCCGCCGUUCCAGAGGGUGAGCGAGGCUGGUGAUGAGAGUGACUCCAAGUAUGGCAUUUAUACGCAGUUUUUACUGUUCCGGUCUGCCGUGCAGACUUUUAUUAUAUAUUAAUUUCAAAUGAUAUUUUUAUAUGCAGUUUGCAUAAGCACAAAUAAAGCAAUGAAUAUGCUUGUCAUUAAUACUUGAAAAAAUCUUACCUCCACAUGGUCAGCAGCAGACGGAAGUGACCCUGGCGAAGAUCAGUCGCCGUAAGAUAUCAGUAGACUGCUCCAGGUGGGUGCAGUCAGUGAUGGAGCUUGAACAAUAACUGUAAAGGCAGAGAGCUGUCCUGAACCCACAGAGUUCCAUCGUAAAGGCCACGGCACCCCGGGCUCAACGCUUUGUAGCUGGUGGCACCUCCUCGGGACUCGCACAGCAAGCAUGGUGUGGCGACACCUCCAACUCCACUCCUGCGGAGCUCAGUCAGUCACAAGAAAAGAGAUGCGCCAAAUUUAUGAUUGCAAUUGAAGACGAUCGUCAGGGAGCCCAGUCCCUGUUCCUUCGCCCCGCGCAGCGCCGUCACCCUGGACAAACAAAUGGUCACAUUGGUCUGUAUUUCCGGUUUGCCGUUUUGAGUCUGGUUAAAUCGUGAAUAGAUUUUUAGAUAAAAAGCACCGUUCGAUUAUUCUCUAGUUUCAUACAAACAAAAAAAAAUUAAUAUCAGCACGAUUGAAUUUCGGGUAAUUUAUCAGCUUUAUUCGUAAGUAGCACGGAAUAAAGUAAACUUCUGCAACGUACGAGUAUGUUAGCGCUUCACAAGCAGAAAGGUGAGCAGUGUUGUCAAGUGUGUGUCCGGUCGAUAGACACGCUUCUCCUCGUACGGGCGAUCCUGCACUUCACACACCAAUACGCUGCCUUCCGCCUGCCCGUCAUGUGUGUGUGUGUGUGUGUGUGUGUGUGUGUGUGUGUGUGUGUGUCUGUGUGUGUGUGUGUGUGUGAGAGAGAGAGAGAGAGAGAGAGAGAGAGAGAGAGAGAGAGAGAGAGGUGCUCGCCAAGGCGCUGCUCAAGCACUAAAAGGAGACCGGCAAGAAAUAAACUCCAAAUCAUUAUUUGGCUAUGCUCAGUGAAUCACUGAAAUUAGUUGUCAGCCACCACCCUGCCUUGCUAACCCAAUCAAAGAGACGCCUGGUCACGGGUGAGAGAGAGAGAGAGAGAGAGAGAGAGAGAGAGAGAGAGAGAGAUUCGUGUUAAUUGUUAUAUGUAAGGAUGAUAUCCUUACAAAUGUGUUGUAAUAUGUGUGUAUGUGUGUGUGUGUGUGUGUGUGUGUGUGUGUGUGUGUGUGUGUGUGUGUGUGUGUGUGUGUGUGUGUGUGCGUGUUUGUCUGUGUGUUUAAUUUGCUUAACGGCGUCCUGGUACACACAAUAUCAUGCUUUUUAUAUAAAACUAGUAAUCAUUAGUUUAAGGACUAUUUCUAUUGAGAGUAUUGCAGGUCUUUGUAUAAUCACUGUUGCUGCUGAUUAAAUCUUUUUUGACUUUUAUUAAGAUGAAACUUUCCUAAAAAAAAAUAAAUAAUAAUCUUUUGUAUUCUCCAUUUCCUCUAUUUUUGUAUGGCGCCCUCCUGUGAGUAAUUAGCGAGUGCUGCUCCUCCGCCUUCUUAGCUAAACCUUAAUAUAUCUCUUUGUAACUCCAAAUUCGCUGUCUCUUCCCAAUGUAAUGGUAUUAAUGCAGCGUAAUCCACUGAUUUCACUUUAAACUCCUUACACAUUCUCCUUUGAAUCGGCAUGUAAGUAUUAUUCUCAUCCAUGGCAUAUUUAAGCCUGACGACGCCCUGUAAGCGUUUCCUCGUAUAUAUGAAGCCACAAGACAAAAAAAAAUAUUUCAUGCGACAACUCAUCAUUAUUUUCGUUUCUUUUUAAUUAAAUUUGUGGUUUGUUUUGGUUACCACAUCACCGAAGACACAAACAAAAGAUUCUUGCUUGGAGAAUUUAUGCAAGUGCUGUACCUUACACGGGGCUGCCAAGAAGACAGGCAGAUGGAAAGAAAGGAAGGAGAGAGCGCACAUGGCCGAGAGUUGCUGGCUGACUCCUAAGAACCUCACGCCUCUUGUUCCUUCUUUCCCUCCGCCUUCCUCCCACAGUAACCAAGCCUUCGCCUUCAGGGUGUCGCGGUCGUAAAGGAGCCUCCAUACUGAUGGCCCUGAUUGUUUAUGUGCGAGGGCGGUGACGUGUCCAGUGCUGAUGUCGUAGACAGACUAAUCUCGUGAUUCCGACUGUAAAACUUUACGUUACAUUUGUAUUCAUUUGUAUAUGAUUACCAUUUGUCGCUGUUUCAGUAGAUACUUGAGGAGAAAGAUAUAUUUUGUGAGAUUACAUUAAUCUUCCCUGGAGCUUGUGAAGAAAGCUGUCUGUUAAAAAGAAUUUAAAGACCUCUGAACCUAUGACACUCAUUACGGGUCUCCACGCAGCUAAUAGUUUUCUGCCUGGAGACUUUAUACUGCCAUUCUACUACCUUUACUAGGCAACUUCAAUAUUGAUUUAGUACACUUGUAGCACUCUUGUUGACGGGAGAGAAUAAUGUGUGCUUUACGACUGUACAAAUUCCGUGGAAGCACAAAUGUGUCCUCCAGUGUUCCUCAGAGAAUAAAUUCCUGGCCUAUCUGGCCCCAUA